AGAGCUCGACGAGCGAAAGAGUUUGUUGCCAGCAGCAGGCCGGCGAGCCGUGAAGCGACCGGAACAGUCAGCCGUCCUACGUACAGAGAGCUGCUUUUCGCAAGUCCAAUACUAUGGGUACCGCCAACGGGCAUACGACCAGCCCGUUGGAGCUCAAGCGCCAUUUCUGGUGGAGCCGAAUGAACUCCGAUAAACAAGAGGCUGUGCUGAAGCUGGUCAUUUUGUCCAUAGCGUGCAUCCUAUCGUUUUCGUGCCGAUUGUUUAGUGUGCUCCGCUUCGAAAGUGUCAUCCACGAAUUCGAUCCGUACUUCAACUACCGCACAACACAGUUUCUUUCCGACAACGGGUUCUAUGCCUUCCACAACUGGUUCGACGAUCGCGCCUGGUACCCGUUGGGCCGGAUCAUCGGUGGGACGAUCUAUCCCGGAUUGAUGGUGACUUCGGCGGCGAUCUAUCAUGUCGCCAACGCGCUCAACAUCACCAUUGACGUGCGAAACGUCUGCGUGUUCCUCGCGCCGGCUUUCUCAUCGCUGACAACGAUCGUGACGUAUCUACUCACUCGCGAACUCUCUAACACGAGCAGCGGGCUGGUUGCCGCUGCAAUGAUAUCGAUCGUGCCGGGAUACAUCUCGCGGUCUGUAGCCGGGUCCUACGAUAACGAGGGUAUCGCUAUCUUCUGCAUGCUGCUCACAUAUUAUCUCUGGGUAAAAGCUGUCAAGACGGGUUCGGUGCUGACAGCUGCCACCUGUGCCAUCGCGUAUUUCUACAUGGUAUCGUCGUGGGGUGGAUACGUUUUCCUCAUCAAUCUUAUCCCUCUGCACGUGUUGACGCUGAUGGCCACCGGAAGAUUCAGCCACCGCAUUUAUACGGCUUACUCGAUCGUCUAUUGUCUGGGCACGCUGCUCUCGAUGCAGAUCCCGUUCGUGGGAUUCCAACCGGUCCAAUCGUCUGAGCAUAUGGCCGCCCUCGGUGUAUUCGGGCUUUGCCAACUGUACGCUUUCCAUGAAUAUCUUCACUCGAAACUGAGCAAAGAGCAAUUCGAAAUCCUUUUCCGAGCCGUUAUGGUCCUCGCCGCGGCUACCGCGGGGACCGGCAUCAUCAUAGCGACAGCGUUUGGAAAAAUUGCACCUUGGACGGGACGUUUCUACUCGUUGCUGGAUCCAUCAUAUGCGAAGAAUAACAUUCCCAUCAUCGCAUCGGUCUCCGAACAUCAACCGACAGCGUGGUCGUCGUUCUACUUCGAUCUACAGCUGCUCUGCUUCCUGUUCCCAGUGGGAAUGUACUUCUGUUUCAAGAAACUCACCGACGCCAAUAUUUUCAUAAUCCUCUACGGGGUCACUUCGAUAUAUUUCGCUGGUGUCAUGGUCCGUCUAAUGCUCGUCUUGGCUCCGGUCAUGUGCAUACUCGGCGGGAUUGGGAUGUCGAACAUGUUGGUGAUCUACAUCAAAAUGAUGUGCAACAAAGGAGAAAAGAAACCCAAGAAACACGAUGCCAGCAACGGACUGCCGAAGGAGAAAAUCGGUCAGGCCUUCGUCGUGAUAAUGAUCAUAUUCAUGGUUUUCUACGCCCUCCAUUGUACAUGGGUCACCUCGGAGGCGUACUCUAGUCCUUCGAUCGUCUUGUCCGCUCGUGCACACGACGGCUCAAGAAUCAUCUUCGACGAUUUCCGAGAGGCCUAUUACUGGUUGCGUCAAAACACACCUGAAGACUCGAAAGUCAUGUCGUGGUGGGACUACGGUUAUCAGAUAACGGCGAUGGCGAACCGGACGAUUCUAGUGGAUAAUAACACAUGGAACAACACUCACAUAUCCAGAGUUGGUCAAGCGAUGGCAUCGGACGAGCACACGGCGUACGAGAUCAUGCGCGAAAUGGACGUUGAUUACGUUCUCGUGAUUUUCGGUGGGCUGUCCGGCUAUAGCUCUGACGACAUAAACAAAUUUCUCUGGAUGGUCCGUAUCGGAGGCUCUACCGAAAAAGGCAAACACAUCAAGGAACAUGAUUACUACACGCCGUCCGGCGAGUUCCGCGUCGACAAAGAAGGAUCGCCAACUCUUCUCAACUGCCUCAUGUACAAGCUGUGCUAUUAUCGUUUCGGAGAUGUAUACACGGAAGGCGACAAGCCGGCCGGUUACGACCGGGUCAGGAACGCCGAAAUCGGCAACAAACAAUUCAAGCUCGAUGUUCUGGAGGAAGCUUACACCACGGAGCACUGGCUUGUGCGGAUUUACAAAGUCAAAGACCCACCUAAUCGCGGCGUGCGAUAAUCACGUGAUUGUCCAUAGUUCUGAACAAAUGUAAAAAAAAUACAAAGUAUGAGACUUUUGUGUGA